UAUCCCUAAAAAUAUCAAGUCGAUGGCUUUACGUUCAUCUUCAACCAUUCAGAAUAACUUCUUCGUUCUCUCACGUUUCACAGCAACUUCGUCUGAUCUUACUAUUCUUCCAUCUUCUUCACUAUCUCCGAUAUGGCCUCCUUCUCUGUACUCUUCUGCUUAUUCUCUCUUUUCCUCAUCGCACAAUCCGAACCAGUGGUCCUUCUCAAUACUUCGCCUUACUUAUCACCCACCACCAUCCUCAACUAUCAGAAAAUGGUUCAGAAAUUUAAGGUUUUCAUCUACAAACCGAACAAAGCCUUCAAUUAUACGACCCAAGCUGAAUCGAUGUUCUACGCCACGCUUCAAAGGAGCAACUUCGUCACCCAGAACGCCGAAGAAGCACACUUUUUCUUCGUCCCUUUCUCUCCCGAUACCUCCUUGCGGUCCCUCGCUGGUUUCAUCGGAAGCCUACGGAAGGGCUUCCCUUACUGGAACCGCGCCCUCGGCGCCGACCACUUUUUCUUGUCCUGCGACGGGGUUGGCCAUGACUCAAACCGGAACGUCGUGGAGCUGAAGAAGAACUCGGUUCAAAUCUCUUGCUUUCCCGGAAGAAAGGACGGCGGGCACUUCAUCCCUCACAAGGACGUGACGCUUCCUCCUAUCAUUUAUAAUUCUCACGCGCCGGCGAACAGAACGGUGAGGUUUCUGGGUUACGUGAGGCACAAAGCCAUAACGUCGCCGAGUUUGAUCGCCGAGUUGGUCAGCGAUGAGGACUUCCAUGUCGAAGGGGACCCGUCGGAUGAAACUACUUUUACGAAGAGAUUGAGUAGCAGUAAGUUUUGUCUGUUCGAACACGGAAACGACGUGUCAUGGAUCGGUGAGGCCUUGCGUUUCGGGUGUGUGCCUGUGGUGAUAGCUGAUCGACCAAUAAACGACCUGCCGUUUGUUGACCUGCUGAGGUGGCAGGAGAUGGCGGUUUUCCUGAGAAGUUGGGGAAGAAGAGGGGAGCUGAAGCAAGUGCUGAAUAACACGUGGAGAGAUCGGGGUGAGCGAAUGAAGGGAUUGGGUGUGGCAGCGAGCAAGCAUUUCGUGUGGAAUGAGAAACCAGAGCCGUUGGAUUCGUUUCACAGCGUGAUGUAUCAAUUAUGGCUUAGGAGGCAUGCGAUCAGAUAUACCAGAGCCGAAUAGCAGCGACUUCUUUUUUGGGAUUUAUG